CAUCUUCACAAGUCAACAUAUCCACAUGCUGCACGCCUGAAUCCACCACUGGCUGCUGUAUUUUGGGAGCAAACGGCCUGGCGAGUGGACACGUAUAUCCUUGGCUUUGAUCGGUGUGCAUUUUGAUUGUCUCUAUGACUGGUGCGGAUAUUGGUCCAGCUGCACGAGCCAAGCUGGGUGUGAUGCAUGGGACGACCAUUGCCGGACCAUCCAACUACAGGGACGCCACCAAUGGCACGCCUUGGAAACAAAAUCCUACGCCAAUACAAAUGCCAGGCAGCCGACCGGCCGGGAACAGGAACCCUUAUCAUUUUACCAGUGAUCUCAGUAAAUCGAGGGGAAAUCCAGUAACGUCCCGGACUGUGCUGGGUACGGCCAGGAAUCCAAGUCCCAUAGAUCGGCGUCCGUCGAAGCGCCCGAAAUUAGAUUCUGGCUAUGUCCUUCCAACCACUAGCCCUUACUUUCCUGGUAUUACGAACAACGGACAUGGUCCCUCAUCUGCUCGUGCUUUCUCCCACGCUCACGACUCAGAGCCUGAAGUUCAGGAGGUUAGGCACCCUUUUGCAGUCCGGCGGAGGCAUACCCAAAUGGACGACGGAGAGAUAAUGAUUGUGGAAGGGCACACUAGCGAUAUUGGGCAACCUGUGGCACGUCCUGGCGCUGCUAUCGCUGGCAACACUAACGACCGAUCAUCUCCGGACCCAAUUCUGAUGGACCCGCCUCCCAAACAUCCAUUACAUCCGUUCGAGAUCCCCCCAGGGAAGUUAUGUACGGCUUCGCGAGGCAAGGGAAAACGUCGGGAAACAGACAUCCGUGAUCCAGUGCCCGCUUCUGAGGAGUCAGACGACGAGAUUACGUCGUGGCAUUCUGAUCAACCAAAAACCUCCUUUUCUAGAACACCGGUUAUUCCUAGCGGCAAGGUUCAUGGCCUUCGAAUCAUGUUUGAAGGGCAUGCAGCCUCGAAAUCCGCUCGCCCUCACAGCGAUGUGCCCGCCCGGGACUUGACGACUCUAGCUAACGGUGGUGUCAGAAUUGCAGAUCGGAUGCGGCGCAAGGACGAGGGUUUUCAGAAUUUGGAUCGCGUCGGGACGUCAUCUUCAGGCCUGAUGGAUACCAGAAAGAAGGAUAUAGACGUAUCUCUUCCUCUUGAAGUUUGGUACCUAGGUCGCCGAGAAUUUCGGCGGGAGGGCGAGGUGCCCGACGAACUCACUUAUAGAGACCGUGGCAAGUUGUUGUGUGUUGUCUUCGGACGACCGCCUCGCAAAAUCGAGAUCAAGCUUGACAGACAAGUUGUGAAGGCCGAGGUUACCAAUGACAAAGAGAGUCCUCUCGAAGGAAACCCCGUAAUACAGUUUAGCACUACUAAAGGGGACUGGUGGAAGCGCUGGGAGGCCGAGUUUCGUGGUCAGUUUGAGGGAGGAGGGUCGCGACAGCGUGAGGUGUUGACUCUGGUUUUCUCAACUCACCUCGCUGGCUGGGACCAUACGGCAUACCAAAGGUUUGCCAGUUAUCUGAAGAAUGUCUGCCACUGCGAGGUCGUAAGGCCCAUCGCAGCGUCCGGUCUUUGGGAUACAAGCAAAAAAUUUGCAGACAUGGACGCUCAGGUUUCAAAGCGUGGGAGGCGUGAAACAACACAGCUAUCGGGGCGCUCUUCGACGCCGAGUUCAUCUUCUGCCAAAGCGAGAAUCUCAGCUUGUAGUGUGAAGCCGCCAGAAUCUAAAGCAAGUCAAGGUGAACUUCGUCGCUCUGGGCGCCAAUCUGUGACUCAGAGCGCCAAGGUGACGCCGGUACCUGCACCUCCUCAAUCCGCUGUGGAACAAGAUGAACUAAUCCUGAUGUACCCCCCUGGUGGGCCUGGGGCGCUUAACAUUAUGCGCAGCGACUUGAAGCGUUUAGAGCCUGAAGAAUAUUUAAAUGAUACCCUCAUUGAGUUCGGGCUGAAGCUUUGGCUUAAUGAGCUUCGAGAGAGGGAUCCGUUGCUUGCGGAUCAAAUACACGUCUUCAGCUCGUUUUUCUACAAGAAACUCAACACGAAGAAUAUCGAAGAAGGAUACCAAAGUGUGAGGAAGUGGACCUCUAAAGUUGACUUAUUCUCGAAGAAAUACAUCGUCGUACCUAUUAACGAAAAUUUGCACUGGUACUUCGCUAUUAUAUACGAACCAGGUCAUGUAUUGGAACCACCCCUCGUAGCGCCUCCAGCAACACAGGCUCGACUGACGCGCAAUCGGAAGAAGGGGCGGGCCAAGGUUGAUUUUAAGACAGGUCCCCCUGAGUCUCGGUCUGAGGCUCAGGGAUCGUCAACAUCUAGCAUGCAAGAAGACGAUGGCGGAUUGUCAUUGAAGGCAGCCACCCGACCUACAACGCCAAGCGUGACCCACGACGUCGACAUGGAAGAUACAAAUGGUGCACCCUUCAACCUAGCCUGUUCUGACUCCAAGCUAGCAAAACCGCCUUCUGGGUCCAGCGCGCUUAGCGAAUUGACGUACCCAACUUCUCCAACUCAUGGAGAUGCUAUGGACGUGGAUGUUGUCGAGUCUUCCAUUGGACCACCCUUAUUGCCCUCUCCUAGCUCGUCUGACCGAUUUCCCGAACGACAAUCCGGCAUUCCCGCUUCCAGGUUCUAUGGGCCCCUAUCAUCCAAGAAAGAGGGAAAAAAGAUCAUCGCUGCUGAUGAGUCUGUCGUCAUUCUAGAUAGUGAGGAGGAGAACGACAAACGUCAAGAGGAUGAAGUGGUCAAUAUGUUGAAAGAAGAACCACCAGAGGCUUCACAGCGCCCGUCCCAGACUUACAUUUUUACUCUCGAUUCGCUUGGGUCUAGGCAUACGCAGGUCGUGAAAGUCUUGAAGUUCUAUCUCAGCAGGGAAGCAAAAGAUAAGAGGGGUUUUGAUGAAGUACGCGACUCUAUUGGAAAGCAAGUCCAGGUCCCAGUUCAACCCAACACGUGGGAUUGCGGAGUAUACCUCCUUCAUUUAACUAAAGUCUUUAUGAAUAACCCGGAACAUUAUUUCCGCCUGAUCACGACUACCAAAGGAACUAUACCCAGCUCUGAACGCAGGGCUAUUUGGCAAGAUCAAGAAGUUCCCAAGUUUCGAGAUGACCUCGUCGCUCGAAUCACUCAGUUGUCGGAUACAUGGAAGGCCGGGAAGGCAGUUAAAGAGGAGGGGGCAAAGGGGCGAAAGAGCGAAGAGGUGGAGGCGGAAGUCAUCUCUUCGGAGGGCGAAGUCGAUAUCGUGCACGUUUCAGGUCAAGUCAAGGCCUCGCCGCGACGAAGGUACCCCAAUAGACUUCGGGGAUGACUGGAGUUGAACCACAGGGUGACGGCUUUCUUCUCUUUUUUUCUUUCCUUCGCCUUCUUUCUUUUCUGUUGUGAUGAUAUCCGUUAGUUUCCCUUCGCCGCCGUUGACACAUGGCAUCCCGGACAUGCACUAAUUUGCGCUUUUAAUGAAC